GCGUUUCCUGUUCUCUUGCUCUUUAGACUCGCUCGCCAUUUUGACACAGUCGAGUGGACGGCGCGGUGAAGGUAGCAGCUAACUAGCAACGUAAACAACAGCAAAGGGGACGGCUUGAGGAGAAAAUUAAGAUAACAACAUGAGUGGCUGUCGUGUCUUCAUUGGCCGUUUGAGCCCACACGCCAGAGAGAGAGAUGUGGAGAAGUUUUUCAAGGGAUAUGGACGGAUUCGGGAGAUCAACUUAAAGAAUGGAUUUGGCUUUGUGGAAUUUGAUGACCACAGAGAUGCAGAUGAUGCUGUGUAUGAGUUGAAUGGAAAAGAGUUGUGCAGUGAAAGGGUCACUAUCGAGCACGCACGCUCCAGAAGAGGAAGAGGUGGUGGCCCUGGAAUGGGACGUUUCAGCAGCAGUAGCAGCUAUCGCCCAUCUCGCAGCAGUGGAUCCAGGUAUGGCCCUCCUGUGCGGACUGACCACAGGCUCAUUGUCGAGAACCUCUCCUCACGGAUUAGCUGGCAGGACCUGAAAGACCUGAUGAGAAAAGCAGGUGAAGUUACCUUUGUGGACGCUCACAGACCCAACAAAAAUGAGGGGGUGGUUGAGUUUGCAUCUCGCAGUGACAUGAAGAAUGCCAUCUCCAAGCUUGACGGGACGGAACUGAACGGACGCAAGCUGAAGAUUUUCGAGGACAGCAGAAGUCACAGCAAGAGCCGCUCCCGUUCCCGCAGCUACUCUCGCUCAAAGAGUCGUUCCCGCAGCCGCAACCGCUCCAGGAGCCGCUCCAGAUCUCUCAGCCGCACCCCAGAGAAGAAGACAUCCGGAGGGGGCAAGGCCGCAGCCAGAUCCCCCUCCAGAUCCAAGUCUCGCUCCAAGUCCCGCUCCAGGUCUCGGUCACGUUCACGUUCACCUGCUCCCGCUCAGAACAAACAGUCUCGCUCCCGUUCACGCUCUCGCUCUCGCUCCCGAUCCCGUUCACGUUCCCGUUCCGCCUCUGCAGACAGCAAGCACUGAGUCCGAUUCACACGUAGGCGGUAAAAUAGACUGGUAGUUGUUCACCAUAGGCCUGUAUGGUGACACGUGGUUUUGUUUCUUAAUGAAGGGGAGGGAAUUGCCUUUUACAUGGCUUCUUUUGAAAUAAGAUCUUCAGUUCUUAAUGUGCCCACUUUUGGCUUCGAUUUUUUUUCUUUUCUUUUUUUUUUUGUUAGUUUGUGCUCUCGCAGGGAAAAUAUUUUUGUUUUCCCUGUUACUUAAUGAUUUAUACAUUUCCCUCUUUUAAAAGUCCCUUCAUAUUUUGAUGAAAUACUGAGUGAGAAAAAUAUUUUGAUCGGUGAUGAUCACAACCUUGCAGCCUGUCGUCGCUGUCUGCCAUGUUUUUGAUUCCAUCCACUCCUCUGUGCUUUGCCUGAGUGUUCAAGGUUAGCUGGGAAUGGAUUUUGAUCCCCCCCCCCAAAUGUUGAUGGGUCUGUUUUUGUCUGUAAUGCGAGCUCCUGGCAUUGCCGUGAAACUGUGAUUCUGCUUCUGAUGAGGCACCAGAACAGGUGCCUCUAUACAUGCUGCAUUCACUGCCCUGAUAUGUAUGUGAACAUAAAAAUGCAAACAUCCCAGUUGGUGAUUUUCAGCUUUCUUGUGUAAUGAUAUUGGAAUCUGGCACUAAUUUAGACUUUUUUUAAACACUGCUGUAUCAGGACCUUGUCUUGUGUUGGUGAUUAAUUUUCUUUGCUUUUACUUUAUCUCCAGCCUUGGCUUGUGUGCUGUUGUGUCUAUUUGAGCAGGAAGAAAUACAUUUAUUGAUUUGAUACUAAUAAAACUCACUGCAUAUUGUCA